AUGGAUAACAUGGAUAUGACAAUGGAUACGUCGAAUGAGUCGGCCAAUAUGGGUAUGGGAGGGGUGGACGGUUCUCAAAUGGUAAUGACUUUCUUCGUCUCAUCGACGACAUCACUCUUUUCCAAGUCCUGGACGCCUAAAACCUCGGAACAAUAUGCCGGUACCUGUAUAUUCUUAAUAACCCUCGCCGUCAUUAUGCGCGUCAUGCUAGCGUUGAAACCGAUCCUCGAAAAGUCACUAUGGAAUGCGACCGCUGGGCUAGAUGGAGAGUUGAUACCGGAUGACGAGACAUGCUGCCAGAAAGAAGACAUAAGGGUCCAGUCAAGGGUGAAACGUGUUUACGGGGCUGUACGGAGAAGGUGGACCGCUUGGAGAUUCAGGACUAGUUUGGGUAGAGCCAUAUUCGAACUCUUGUUGGCGUCGGUUGGAUACCUGCUGAUGCUUGCUGUUAUGACGAUGAACGUUGGAUAUUUCCUGGCUGUUUUAGGAGGACUCUUCUUGGGUACAUUCAUUGUUGGGGACUUGGCCGCUGAUAAUUCGUUAUAUCAAGACCAUCACUGCUGA